CCUCCACAGUCCUUAUCACCUGACAGAGGAGUAGGGAAGCAGACUGGUAUAUAGCCCCUGCCUCCCCAGCCAGGCCAGGCGCAGACAGCAAGGACAGAAACGCUGAGAAGGCCACCUUCCCCACCAUUACCACCAUGAAGCUGCUUGCAGUGACUGUGCUAUUCCUCACCAUCUGCAGCCUUGAAGGUGCUUUGGUUCGGAGACAGGCGGAAGAGUCGUGUCUGCAGAACCUGGCCUCUCGGUACCUCCAGACCGUGACCGACUAUGGCAAGGACCUGGUGGAGAAGGCCAAGGCCCCAGAGCUCCAGGCUCAGGCCAAGGCUUACUUUGAGAAGACACAGGAGCAGCUGACACCCUUGGUCAAGAAGAUUGGAAAUGAUCUGCUUAACUUCUUCAGCCAUUUCAUAGAACUCAAAACACAGCCUGCCACCAAGUGAGGUGUCCAGACCAUUGUCUUCCAUCCCCAGCAGACCCCUAGAACAGCCACUGGCCAGGCCUAGAGCCCCUCUCCCUACCCGCUCCUUGUUUUCUACAAUAAAUUUUGAAGAAGUCAA